GUUCGAUGGUGCAAUCUACCGUUAGGAUCCCCUCAAAUUUCUUGGGGGUAAAAAGGCAAGGCAAUGGCAGCUCCCAGCAGGGAGGGGAGCAUGUUAGGGACAAUUGGCGAUUUUGACAACAGGUCGACAGAAUAAUAAUCACAAUGGCUGCGCCCAAGGGACCUUACAGGCUGGUGACCGUUAACACGGCACCCGAGCGAGCAAAGAAGCUGAUUGGUCGCAUGACCGAGGCCUUGAAGGACCAGUACGAGAUCGAAUACGUUGACAACUGUCAGAGCAUCGACGAGGUGGUGCCAAAGGUCACGAAGCACAAGCCCAGCGUCCUGUUCUGCGCUUCCAUGUGGACGCCCGAGGAGGCGGAGAAGAUCCAGUCGCUGGCGAGAUCGAUCGUGCCGGACAUCAAGACACACGCCAUCCCGAUGGGACUGCAGGUUGAGAGGGGUCCCGAUGCUGUAGUCGAAUACCUCAUAGAGAAGGUUCCGCUGCUACUGGGUUGAUCUCGCUCUCUCUGUGUGUCUCUAUUCUCUUUUCCUCUUUUGUUUCUCCUUUUUCUUUAGACAGGGCAAUCAUUUGGCUUCCAGGAGAGACCAUAGAUAGAAUAUGGAACAUAAACUAGCCCUUGGGCGGAGACCAAGAUUGGUCCUGGACGCUCGUCAGGUGCAAUUCUCG